AUGAAGCAGCCAAGUUCGCUGUCGGCGGAGGCCUCCGAGAAAGAGCUUUACGCUUUGCUGCACAUUUCGCCGGAGGCAUCCGAUGAGGAUAUACGGAGAGCCUACCGCCAAUGGGCCCAGGUCUACCAUCCCGACAAAUACCAGGAUCACCAGGUACCGAUAUCCUUCAACCGUCCUUCUUCUGUCAUUCUUUGUUUGUUGAAGUAGAUCAAUCGUCUGUCUCUUUGUGAAGCUCAGGUUCUCCUCGGCUUCAGAUAUUGCCGGUUUCAUCUGUAUGUCUUUCUGAGUAGACAGUCUGACCAGGGAGGCGGCAUUAAGAUCUUUUACUAGUUGGUUACCACCAGUCGUUGGUCACCAGUAGGAGGUCAGGGCGGGAUAAGGGGAAAAAACUAAGACGUUUCAAGAGUCGGACGGUGGGAGUUCCAAGAAAUGCAACAAAUUCGGCCUAUCUAUAGAAACAAUAGUCCGCAUCACAAUUGGAUGAUGUCUUUAAUUCCAAUGUUUGUAGCAUUUUUGCUACUUAGCUAUUAUUGCCACGUGUACGGGUGUAUUUAGUAUUUAAUUUUUUUAUACAGUGGGAGACACGGUUAGAUGAAAGGUGGGAAGAACAUGUGGAAAAAGGAGACUAAAGGAAUGAUGAAUUGGAGCGUUAGAAUCGAAAUCAUUGUCAGGUAAAACUAUGGAAUGGCGGAACACGUUACCUUGCUUUGCUUAACGGAGUUUUCUGGUUUUUUUCUGAAUUUUCUGCCGCUGUUUUUAGGAAAAGAGGUUGCAUACCAUAUAACUCUCAUUUUCAUAAAGCAUCUUAAACCCUUUGCCUAUAAGAUGCGUUGAAAGAGGACUUUGAAGGUUUGAAUGUGACAGAUUCCUUCAACAUAGAUUUUAGUCAUUUGACGCCACUAGUAAACCUUAAAAAUGGAAACAUAACCAGUUUCAUGUUGAAUAACUGCAAGUUAAUUUUUUCUUAUGGAUGACAUUUCAAAUAUGGCCUGGUGAGACAAUGUUGCAUAUCCUCUACUGCAUAGAUAAACUGCAUGACUGGUGAAGCAGGUGACUCACCAGCAAAAGGUUAUUUUUUCAUAGUUAUUAUUUUAACGAAUUAUCAUGGAUAUCCUUUGAUAAUAACUAUCUGUAUUGACGUUUAAAGCUUGACUGUCAAGCGUUGCAAAGAAAAAUGGUCGGAGCAUUACUUUUAAGUAAAGAAUAGAAGAUAUCUCAAACCUAUUUCUGAUGUAAGGGGCACCUUUUGUUCUAUUACUACUAUUCUCGGGUUGGGACCAGCUAGUGCAAGACUUGAUUUCCAUGUUCGACAUCAUCCAUGAACCUUUGCACUCUAAAUUCAUCUUGUACCUUUUUAAUUGUGAUGUGUGAUGUACCAUGGGCUUUGAACUCAAGCCAAUGGGGCUGCUAACCACGAGCCUAGCUGGUUAACUCAUUUCGUAGCAAUACCCAAUGCAGGCUUUCUAAAACAAUCCAGAUUCAAAUUGGACCAUAGUAACCCAGGAUUUGGUAUUGAUUAGAUCAAUGUUUGGCCGGAACUCUAUGUGCAGACAAACACGCUUAUGCUUUGGAUUGUAACAUGAAUUAAUGCAUGAUUAUGAGCUCUGAACUUAAGACAAUGGGUCCACAUCCAUGACCUGAGCUGGAUGUCACUAUAUGGUUUUGUUGCCCUAACAAAGGUUUUUGCCUCCACGUUUAUGCUUACUUUGUCAAUGAAAAUACCGUGCAUGCAUUCUCAAGUAAUCAGACUCCAGUUUUCUCCUCCCAUGGGUUAUGGACAACUUCUUUCCACAGAAAGUGUUGUUCUCUAUAGCCCGCGUGAAAGGGUGAAGUUCAUUUUUUUAAUGUUAUGUGAUGCCUUGCUACUCUUAUGUUCUGUCACUUUGACUGGUUUAUAUUUCAUUUUGACUAUUUUUUUUUCAGAUGAAGGAUAUUGCAACGGAGAAUUUUCAAAGGAUUCGAGAAGCCUACGAAAUUUUAACUGAUGAAUAUAAAAGGCAAAUAUAUGAUAUCUAUGGCAUGGAAGGGCUGACUUCGGGCUUAGAAUUGGGUCCAAAACUUAAUAAACUAGAGGAAAUUAAGGAAGAAUUGGAAAAGCUGCGUCGCCAAAAGGAAGAAGAAAAGCUUUCCGCCCAUACACGAACUACUGGUUCACUUCUCGCAAAUAUCUCUUUACCCCAGUACCUGGAGGGUGGUGGCAUCAUGAGAGGGUAUUCUAUUUUUAUUUUCGGAAGUUAUGCUUUCUUUUGUGCUUUUUCUAUUCAGGUUUGUGGAUAGUUUAAAAUUUUUUUGAACAUCAUGCUUUGUUGUUUUGUUUUAUCCAAGGAGCUGUUUACAUGACACAUCCAAGAAUGGGUGGUAAGAUCUAUUUUUUUCAACAGAACACACUAAUCUUCAUAAAAUGUCAAUGAUCGUAAUAGUGAGAAGCUGAUAAAUGUAGUGGGAAAUGGCAGAUUCAAUACGGCUCGUACAAGGUUGAUUCAUAAUCCAAGACUUUGAUAUUGCUCAACGGGAUAAAAGAAAGCUAAGUAUGUGGAAAAACUAAUAAGUUUUUGAUUUAGGAUGGUUGAAUCAGUUAGUAGUUUGUAAUUUCCACAAUGUGUUAUGCCGAGGCACGUGAAAGAACGAUGCUAGCAUCAUUAUCUGCUCCAUCAUAAUACAGCCUCUGUCUGGUAUCCCUUGUUUUAUUUAUGCCAUAGUUAAGUUGGAAUAUUUACAUUAAACAUUUGAAAUGAAGCAUAUGGUAUGCCUAUUUCUUACCUCAGGUGUCAUCAUAUCACUAAUCUUUUUAUAAUGUAGAAGCAACCAAAUAGAGAAAUUAUGAGAAGCUGAUAGCAUCUGCAAGUAAAGAACGAUGUUUCCAUGCCAUUAUUUCUAUGUUCUCUGUAUGCCGACCAAGGAAUACAUGCCGAACGUUAAUAUUACUAUACCGCAAGAAAUUAGUUUAUAGUACCGUUAUGACACCUUUGGUUUAAGUUUUGCAUGAAGUUAAAGUCAAAAAGCAUUGAUAAUAUUGGCCGUUCCAUCAUUAAGCUGUUUGUUGCGGCUUUACUUCCUCCAAAUGUAUACGCCACAUCUCAAAAGAAGUGUAUUAUGCCAUUUUCCACCUUCCUUAUCAUAAUGUGUAAAAUAUAGUCUAACAAUUGGAGAGUGUGGCAUAACCUUCUGAAAAUCAUGUUUGCGCAGGGUUUCUGUUUGUGAAUUUCUUUAUGAUAACUGCUACUAGUUAUCAUGUGAUAAUGUAUAGAGGAACCAGAUUUUCCAGUUGGAGUUUGCUAAUAAUUGGGAAUGUGUUAUCCUCCCUAAAACUUUGGAUAAACUACUCCACAUCUUAGUUAACUUUAAAAAUGUUCUUUGGACAAAUCUUUCCUAUAUUUUGUAUAGAUGCAUGGAUUAUGGCUAAUAAUGGCUAUACUAAAGGGCAGUCAUGUGGAUUCACCUUUCCCUUUUUACUUGGACAGUAGAGCAAUCUACUGACCGUUGUGCAGUUUGUAACCUUGAUUUUAAAAAAUAUAUUUGUUGUUUUUUUAUUUUAAAAUAUUUAGACACUAACAGAUAGCAACAAGCCACUUUUGUGUGAUGCAUAUAUUCAUUGGUUGUGUAUUCGUAUUUGUUAUGUCAGAUCGUCAUUUAAUAUUUCGUCUCGUUUUCUUCAUUGUUAUGGAUGCGAAGUUCUGUUUCUCAGAGCAUCUAACUAUAGCUGGAAAUUUAUGGAUGACAGAAUGGCAAUGUCCAGUGAUGUUCAGUCUCAAUUAUCAAAGCGAAACACUGUUGCCAUGGGUGGCAAUCUGGCAGUCACUGGAAAUUCUGGUACUGCGGCUGCAUCAGCAUUAUUGCGUCAUCAGCUCUCUUCAGUUUCUACUUUAGAAAUCAUGGCAACAGCAGGUCUCCGGGCACUUAUUGGGGUACAGACAUCUCGGUAAGGAACGAUUUUGUAGGUUUCAUAAUGGAUUUGUUACUUAGCUUUAUGGUUUCUCUUUGCAUUUAGUUUUCCUCCAGACUUCUAGGGCUUUUGUUCACACAGUUAUAUCUUUCCACAUCUUUUUAGCCAUUUAUCAAUUCAUUCAACUGGCACAACUGGGAUUGCAGUAUCCCUUAGAGACGGCUCAGUGAACCUAUCCAACACCUGGACUCGUCAACUUUCAGAGACAUCCACAGGCAAUGUGAGUUUAUGGCAAUUUUUCUGGUGGCAUCAAAGCUUCGAGCGUUGUUUUUGGUGACAAAACCUGCGGAUUCACUACAUGUCAUCUGUUCUAAAAACAGAUCUGAAGAAUAAUGUCAGAAGAAGAAUGUUAUCAGACUUUACUAUCAAGUUUUGUUUCCUCCUAUGUCAUUUUUUUUUCCGUUAAAUGUUACAAAUACCGCCAUCACAUUGACGAAAUAAAGGUUAUAUUUGCUGGACAAGGCUUUUAUAAACUGUUGUAGCAUGACCCCAAGCAGAAACAAUAUUUACAAUGGAACUUCUAAAGAUGAGGACAGCUAAAUGAAACUCGGAUCCUUUGUGAACUGUUUUUGAUAGAGAGUUUGCUGAAAUUUCCUCAAGUUGGCUUCAAAGGCUCAGUUUCCUCUAAUGAUCUGACAUCAUAUCACAUUGAUUGUGAGUGAAAUUAUUUGAUUUUCAUAUGACGUUUUUUAUCCCACAAUAUCUCUUGUCAUAACGUACGGCUGAUUUUCAAUCCCAUUAACACGAGCCCUAUCUGAAAAUUCUCCUUUCUUUGCCCAUUUCUGCUCACCUCAGUUUUAUGUAUUCUUCAGUUUCCCAGUCGAAUGAGUUUUCUUAUGAAUCUGAUGUCCCCUGCCUCUUUUAUAUGCAUACCAUCCGCAGCAUGGAUUUACCCAUCUCCUUGGAGAGUAGAUUCAUGGUUUUACAUCAUCUGCAAAAGUUAGUCCUUCCCAUUAGUUGAUUCACUACGAGGGACUUGGGAUCCAUCUGGAUCAAGUUUGGCUCUAGCUAAUCUAGUUUAAGGUGGAUUUUGAUUGCAUGCCUUGAUCAUUUAAAAAUGGUACAAAAUGGUGUCAAAUGGUUGAGUUUAUGGGCAGAAUCGAACUUAAAUUGGUCCAUUUUCUGGUUGAUCUGAUUUGAUCUGAGUUUACUCAGAUGGGGUAGUUUCUGAUCAGAGCAGAGCAUGCACCAAUGAGUGCCAUCAGCAAUGGUCAAUUACUACAGGCAGUUGAGGCCUCAGGCUGGCGGUGCCAAGCCUGAUUCCCACACCUUUGUUCUGCAUGAGACAACAGGAAUCAGGUUCGGCCACAUGGGUCUGAGGGCUCUUAUAAACUUGAGAAACUGUUUAAGCAUCACAUGUACCUUACAAAACUACAACCAAAACCCCUGUUUGCCUUGUUAACCCAACUGGGCUUUUUCCUCUAUUUGCUGAUUCAGUCGAUUUGAUCCUUUCCUGAGACAGUUGAACUGAUAUCAAGCUCCAUGAUUUUCUGGCCAAGUAUAAUUAGUGGGCAAUCACCAUUUCUGUCACCAUCAAUAUUCUUUUACAUGCCACAGAUAUCUUGGAUUUGUGAAUAAAUGAAAAUUUUGGUUACUUUUCCCUGUCUUUCAGAAUAGAUCCUCCUGAGUUUUGAACACCCACUUUGUCCAUAAGGCAUUGUUGAGGUUAGCCCUGUUAAUUCGGUGGAUUGUUCCUCCACUCAUCCUUAUGCACAAUUGAUUCCUUCAUCCACAUGUUUGACCGCUUGUCAAUAAGAGCAUUCCACAUUUUCCAUUUUUAUUGGUUGGAAAGUAGAAGGAUAACAGACUAGGAUUAGAUAUGUGGCACACACACCUAUUUAUUCAGUGAGAAGAAAGUAGGCAUGACACUACAGACCUACCAUGGGUCAAGCCUUUUAGGUCCAUAGUCUAAAGACACACCAGCACACUAGAUAGUUAGGCUAUUAAAGUAUACUUGGUACAUUAUUUAUUCGAACCCCAAACAUGGAUUAUCUGCUCCUGGAUCAUUGAGAACCUAGGUUUGUGGCUAUGUCGCUAAUUUGUUAAAGUGUGGGCAAGUCCAUGGCUUAUUCCUCCAUCAGCUUUUCUUCAAACAGUGAGUGAGAACAUUCGGAAAUCGAAAGGAAAAGUAUGUGUGACGUCUUGCCAUCGAAAUUUGGGAUGUAUUAUGCGUAUCCUUGUUCUAUUCCCUCUCAUUAUAGAAAUGAAAGAAAAAGAAGUGCACGGAAAUCUAUUCAAAAGUGCAUGCCUUAUGACAUGCUCUAUGUGAGAUAAAUCAGAAUUCUUCAACCUAGAAACAGGGUGUUUACUAUGGACUGAUUACUUGUUCUUUCUGUCAAGAUCGCAAGAAAUUUCCUUUGCCCAUUUUUCUUGUUUCCUUAAUCAAUAGCUUGUAGAAAAAAUGUUUUUCAACUGUUUGUUCACUAUUGUUGUGUUUCCUAUAAUUUGCUAUAAUACCUUCUUUCACUCGCAUGCAUAUUUUUACCUCGUAAGGACAACCUUCGCUUUAUAAAUGCUUGUAGUUAUCUUCUUCAAACGUUUAGGUGCUCGGGAAGUUUCUAAUGAACUUCUGAUAUGCUGUAUGGAAGGCGAAGGUUACCUACUUAGUAACGUUUUGGCUUGUAAAUGGCCGCUUUAGAGCUUAUAUGAGCUUAAUUAUUAGCACUGAUGUAAAGCCGUUUAUAUUCUCUGUCAAUUUCAUUUCAUCUCUAUUCCCUCUCAAUUGUAUUUUUACAUUUCUCUCAUUGAUUCCUCGGUGUUAUUUGGACAUGGCAGCCAACAUCACCAUUGUCUCUUUGGUUUAUUUUCUGGACAAUGGGUGAUAAUAUCAGCAAAUCUUCAGUUUUAAUCUUUAAGUUAAUAUAAUUACAGUUGUAGACAGGAUCUAAGGCCAUACUGGAUUCUCUAUUUGUAACUAAUGAUAGUUUCUCUUUUGUGUUAGAACCACAGUUUUUUAGUGUGCAUUGUAUUGAUUUAGUGUUCUAUCUAGGGCCAGGUAUAUUGCAUGAUUAAGUUUCUGCUUUAUUUUUUAUUCAGAUACAACUUGUGUUAGGAGCAGAAUCAAAUAUUGCUGUUGGGUGGCAAAAGAAAGAUGAAAAAAAUUCUGCCUCAGGGGAACUUAAGGUACCUCUUACAAUUCGUAUUCCUUAAUACACUAUCCAGUUACUGUCAAUCUUACACCACUGUGACGUAUGCCAUCAAUAUAGGGCGUAUGGUGCCUCUUUUCAUGUCCAGUGUGAAAAAAUACCCGUUAUUUUCAGCUCAGCAGUACUUGCACGACAUAACUUUCACUUUAUUUUUCAUUGUAUUUAUUUCCAACAAAUUAUGUAUCUAAUGUUCUAUAGACAAAAGAGGAGAAGACCAGAGUUCGUUCAUAAACACAGAUCGGUAUUAGGGACAAUACUGAAUGCUGGAAUUUAUUUUGAUGCCAUUAUGCUAAUGGCAUAAUUUAUUUUGAUGGGUAUUAGGGACAACACAGAGCCUUAUGUUUCUUUCAAUCUUUGGACGUCUCUUAUAAACACCUGAGUAGAUGUUGUUUCUAAUGAUCACAAAAGGCAACAUUACCGAACGUAUAUGAAGGCAGAUUUUCCUCUGGGAGAUAUGCAUUAGUUUUCUUUCCGGACAGCUCACUAUAAGAAGUCUUUGUUUUUUUUAAAUGAGCUAAUGUGAUUUAAGAACUAUUGAAUUGGCAGUCGUUUCAAAUCAUGCAUGCAUCCAUGCCAGUUCUCGGCUGUGUACUUAUCUAGAUUGUGUCUCACACGCGGUUAGUUUUGUUUUGUAAAUCACCUGUUAUUUAAAGAAAGGGUCGCACAGUGUCGAUCCCCAUCUUUUUGUUUUUUUUUUUACUAUGUUGCAUUUCAUGCCAUCUAUGUAUAAUUCUAGCCUCGGUAGUUUUGAUUAGGUCUUCUUUUUGUUUUUGUACUAAUAUCUCGAAUGCUCAGAUAGAGAGUUACAUUACAAUGAAUAGAAAUAAAUUGGUGUCUCGGAGGGGACAGUGUUCAAGUAUAAAUUGAAAUCUAGUGAAUUGUUCUGUAUUCAAUCUUCUAGCUUAUAUAAUUCUGCAAUGGAAUUGGCGAUUGGUUGUCAAUCCCAUAGUUAGGCGGGGCUAAGAUCUAGAGAUACAUAAUCUUCAAUUCAUGGGAUGAUGUAGUGUCCCUUCUAAAGGAAGGCAGGGCUACACCCGUUCUCGAAUGAAGUAUAGGUUGUUUGUCUAAUCUGUGAUGAGUCUUAGAGCACAAUAUCUCUGGACGCAGUGCCAACCACUGUCAAUUAAGUCCUAUGCUUUCUUGAUUAAGAACGGUUUAGAUUUUUGUCGAUCAACUUUUUUGAGGGAGGGAACUAUAAUUUAGGUAUGAUACUUAGCCAAAGCAGCUUUCAGGAUGUAAUUGCGACAAUUAUCUAUGAAGUUCUAUCCAUCUCAUCUCAAGAUGGGAUAUUAAAAUACAUUUAUCUGAAUUCUUAAACAUACGAGGCUGUGCUAGCAUUAACACCUGUCAUAGUGUUAAAUAUAAAGUCAGAAUCACGGCCAAUAGAGAGACUAUCCCCGAUGUUGAAUAUCUUCCAUAUACCUUCUGAUGAUAUAUUCAAUCAAUCUAGCUGAUAGAGAGGCAAUACGGUCAUCCUUCUUAUCAAGCCAUUAGCUUGGAUUAUGUUUUGGAAUCCUGGGGACUCCGCUAAAAUGUGGGUAACAUUUGUUUCUUUUAAGUCCAUGACAAGAACUUUGUUUGUUGUAGUCGUCAAAACAGGUUAUAAGCCAUGAAUUGUGGUACUCUGUUCCCAAACCAAAUGAUCUGAUAUUAAGAUUCAAACCAUUGCAUUUCAAUAGGGGUUAUGUAACUUGAAGCUAAUGACAGGAUCCAAAUAAUUCUUUUUUCCAUUUUGUUGGUUCAAAAUUUAUCCUUAUUAUAUGGAAACUUGAUUUUAGUUUUAAGUAGUGAUGCAAAUCAUACAAGGAUAAACAGUCAGGAAAAUUCUUUUCUUAUUCUCAAAUCAUAGAACAAUUGCUAGUUAUUUACAAUUACCGUGGCCACAAAAAAAGGAAACUACCUGGGUUGUGGAAACUGAGCAAUUAGGAACCUGACAAACUAGGAAACUGACCAACAGAAACUAGCUCCUAACUGCACGUUUUUGUCACAAGUAGUUUAAUAAUGGUUUGAAGAAAUAACUUUCACUGUACUGUUAUCCUGAAAUUACUAAAAUUCUUCGAAACCGCUAUAUUACGGUUGUUUUAUGUUGGCAAAAAGUAUGAGCACUCUUAGUCUGUGGAUUCUCUUCCUCUUCAACACUUUUUUUUUUUGUUUCAUACCCUUUUGUGGUUACUUCAUGCAGUUUGGAUCAAGUUCCUUUGGGGCGUCUGCUCAUUAUACACACUGGUUUUCAUCGAAGUCUCAUGGUCGAGUUGCUGGUAGGGUUGGGAGGUACUGUACAAUUUUCAUUGUCUUUUUCUCAUUGGAACUAUGUUUUCCCUCUAAGUAUAUCAUGAAAACAUGUUAUGAUGACGAUUCAGUUUCGUAAGGAUGGGUUAAUUGAUUUCGUACCAAAGUUUGUGCUGCUUUUUGCCUGUGCAAGAUUGUUCAUGCACAGUAGUACUUGUAGUGAUAGCCUUUCAAAUUCCUCAGGCUCAUCCCAUGAGAAUGAAUCCAAGUUGGAUGAUUGUUGGAAUUAUCAAGUAAAUGUAUCAAAUAGGAUUUUCAAGUAAAUCCUAUUCCACGUUGGAUGAUUGUUGGAUGAUUGCCUGUGCAAAGCAUGAUUUUAACCUGUUCCUAUGAUUUAGAGAUCAAUUCUGCAUUGAUUUUGUCAGAUUUCACCGUGUUCACUCCGAAAUGUUGCCAUGUUUGCUGGACUUUGACCAAUUUUCACGGGAUGAAUGAUACUUCAUCAUCCUAUGAGGUAUAUACAUCCAACGUGCUGUUUUAGAAAGUUUUUACUGUACCUAUAUACGGUUACAGAGAUAGAGCUACAGUCUACCAUGGCCUUUUCCUUCGUUUUCUCAACAAAACAUUUUUACUUUUUCUCGUUGCCAUAGUCCACGCUUUUACCCAUGAAUGCCUCUUCAUCUAGAAUCUUUGCAAAUAAAGAAAAUUUAAGGUGUUGCCUGAGUGUUGUUUUCGUAUCCAAGCUCUUAAGUAUGUCUACUGCCGUCGAUUGUAUACAUGUUGAAUCAUAUUAAACCACAGUUGGACAGGUAUGACCUACUCAAAUCAUUAGAUACGUAGUGAUCAUCUUCCUGGUUGUCCUAGAAUGAUGAAAAUGAUGUGAUAUCCUGUGUAAAAUCGUUUUUAUUGUAUUUUUUUCGAUGUCAAAUUCUUUUAACACGUAGUUGAAAUAGGAUUAUGAUGGUCAGUUAUUUCUAUCCUACUAGCAUAAUUUUUUCUUACUUUAUUCAACUCUUAUAUGCCUCAUCAAAUUUGAAAUAAUUUUUUUUGCCAGCACUGAUCUUGAGUUUGAAAUUGGAGGUGGGAGAAGGAUAUCAAAUUUCAGUACUUUACGAAUGCUUUAUACAAUAGGGAUUCAGGUAUUUUCUCCCUUUCAUUUUAAAGUUUGCCUUUUCAUUUUCAUUAUUAUUUAUCUUGUAACGACACAUUCGCAAACUUCGUGCAUCUUGCAAAUUCUCAAUGUGUGCUAUAUUAAUGUUUAAAAAUUUUCUGUUGAAAUUAUGCUUUGAUGAUUGCCUUACUUUUAUACGAAAUCAAGUUGUGUAUUGACCUUUUUACUUUUGUAUAAUUCUUAUGAUUUUCUUUAAAAAAAGGUUUAAUUGUGGAAUUGGAAAUGCAAGUGAGAGGUAUUGAUAAUAGCUAUCUGCAGAGUUCACUCACUCUACCGGUGCAUUACAAUUAUCGACCUUGAAUUUUUAUUUAUUCAUUUCCCCCCAUUUCCGUUCUCAAAACAAGUUCUAUAACAACCCAGCUGCACGCUAGGUUCGUUUGAAUUAAAUCUUUGUUGUCAACAGUCCAUUUUAAGUUACCUGAAAUCUAAUAUUGACGUCAAUUUGUCCAUCCUUAUUUGUUUGCUUGUCAGCGAUGUUCAUUGUUCAGCCUUCUGCUUGGUAGUCCAAAUGACCUUAACUGUACUGGCCAAUGGCUCUAUAUUUCUUAAGCUCUUCAAUGCUAAAAGAUGAGGCUAUCACCUAGAAAUAUUGGCACUUACUUUGUAGAUUGUUUAUCACUUAGGAAGUCAUGGACUUAGGAGAAUCACUUAGGAAGUCAGAGCUUGUUUAUACUGUUUUCCACGGCGUACAUCAUUCAUGUCGUGGUACUGCAGCUGUCAUGAUUCUUCAUCAGGUGUUUCUUUUGCUGUAAUCUAUUUGGCUGGACUCCUGUACUAUUCUAUUGAAAAAAUAGGUCUCUUUAAUUGUAUUAGCUGCAUUUUGAGACCUUUAUUCUGUCAUGUUUUGUGUUUUACUGUAAUAUAUUCUUGUAGGGUAUUUCUUGGAGGUUUGAGCUGCUACGUGGGGGCCAAAAGCUAGUCAUUCCUGUAUGGUCAAUCUUAUUGCUCUAUCACUAUUCUUCUCUCCACAUUCUCUUAUGUUGUUAUUUUUUCAGUCUCCACAUAUUUCUCAUUUUCUUAUAUUUUUAUUAGCAGAAAAUCUUAGAAUAUCCCAGGCAUACGGGUGUACAUUUAUUGAGCUUAAUGGAUAGAUUAUGCUGUUCAUUUAAUUUAUGAUUUGCAUUUCAUGCAUUCUAUUUUUGAAAGAAAUAGUGCCAAGGCUGUGGUUCCCAGCAACCUCAGUCCUUACCUGCCUUGUUUUUCUUUAGGCUCGAUAUCAUCCCAUGUUCAUCUCUCUUAGAACGUAAUCGUAUGCCUUUCCAAUGAAAUUUCACUGACCACAGAUGGCAUUUGCAGGUUUUACUUUCCAGAGAGCUAAACAUCUUAAUCGCAAUGGGUGCAUUGAUGACGCCUUCAUCACUUUAUUUUCUGCUCAAGGUUUCUUUUUUGCUAAUUUGUUUUAUGGUUUUCAUUGUUGUACUAUUCUUGAUGGACAUAGUUUGGAUUAUUGCACAUGCAGUUUUUCUUUAACGACUUUUAGCUUAUACCAGUAUGAAUUUUUCAAUCCUCCUCUCUUGAUAUCUGGAUUCUAUUUUAGUUAACUUUUGUUCUGUGUUUGAAACCUAUUAUUCCAUUGUUUCUCUGCUGCGGUUAAAGCAUAGGGGAUAUACCUUCAGGCUAGGGUGGAGUCUUUGUCUCAAUUGAUUAUUUGUUUCAGUAAUUGUAGCUGAUUUGACUUAGUUGAGACAAUAAUGCACUGCAAGAAUUCUGGACUGUGUGAGGAACAUAAAGUUCAAUAAGGUUGCAAGGCUAAAGUCCAUUUAUUUUUGGUAUUCAUAAAGUUCAAUAAGUAUCUGAUUUGGCAAUGUGCGGAUCAUGCAUGGUAUUUUUUCUAUUGUUUAGUUCCACAUAUUCGUUGAAUAUCAACAAAGAAAGAAAGGAAUGUAGAAUAUGCCUUUCACGUGGUUUCCAAAAGUCUUUGUGAAUCAGGUAUUGUCUACAACAAGAUGGUGAAGGUGGUGCUAGAUGUUCAAGACAUCUAUAAUAAUAAGACCUUUUUCUUCAAACUAAAGAUCCUUGCCUGCUUUUUCACUCUCAAAAGAAAAAGUAAACAUCCUUGAUAGGUCACGAAAAUGGUUGCUCUUAGGGGGUAUUUGAGCCUUUUACCUAAUAUGGGCGGUCUGUUUUUUAUCCAAUAAGGGUAUAAUAGUCAUUUUCUGUUUUUUUGUCCUACAUAUAAACUUUGAGAGGGCUGCACGGACUUUAGAAGGUUAGCUUGCAAACAGUUGUGAAUUUGUGACUUUGCCAGAGGUUAGAUUCUUUAGAAGUUCAGGAUGAGAAGACCACGCACAGAAAUCGAUUGUGACUUUGCCAGAGGUUAGAUUCUGGAGACUCAUGUCCAAAAGAUGAGGUUGCCAAUAUUUUUAUACAAAUGAUUGCCAUUACUGAGUUUAUAUCUGUUAUAGACUGUUCAGUGCGUCCGACAACAACCUGAAGGGUCAGUGUUUUGAGUCUGUUACACAAGGGGCUAGUUUAGUCAUUUGCCCAAUAAAGGGAAUAUGUUUCAUUACUGUUUUUACUCAAGACAAACUUUAACAGGGCCGUGCAGACUUCCGAAAUUCUGAUGCAAGAUCCUCCUAUUUGGCUUCUUAGCUUCACUUAACCUUUUCUUUUUUCUUCUUUCUGCAAUGGUGAUUCAGCCCAUAUGAAAUAACUUCGGGAGAAAUUUGGCAUUAGUUAUCUACAAAAAUAUCUGAAGGCUGAACUGGUUAUGAUAGAAAUCCUGAUGAUCCGGACUAGGAACGUCUCUAGCUAACCCAAGUUAUUUGAAUAGUAUCCGAUCCCCCUAAGUUUUGAAAAGAAACCAGGUCACGCAACUCACCGUUUUUUUGGGCUGAUCUGAUGCGAUCUUGCUUGUGUGAGUGGAUUUUAACCUGAGCAUUUCCAUUGGAGGAAGGUUGAAAUAGCCGCACUCAUGGGUCACCAUAGAAAGCCGAGGUUGACGAGGGAAAGAAAGGACAGUGAGAAUAAGAAUGAAGAAAGGGUAAAACAGACUUACUUUGUUCCUGUCAUUUUUUUUUUUGUAGCCAGUGCUCUGCAUGUUACCCCUCUUGUAUAUUAUUCGUAUUUUUUAAUGGUGCAACUUCAUCAACGAAUGCUUUCCUACUAAUUUUGAUGUUUGAUUUCUUGGAAAUGGGAUUUCAGAAAUUUGUUGCUAAGCCUUACUAUCUAAGGAAAGAGAAACAGAAAUCUCUGGAGAAUAAGGAGAAGUCUGCAACUCAGGUAGAAACUAAGAUUCUUUCAUGUAAAUGCCCGACAUUUGUUCCUUAAGAUUUACAUAACUACCUGCAGUUAUUAAGCUAUACAUGAUUUUGGAAUGAUAGACUUGAAGUUCUAGUACCUUUUUAGCAUGUUUUUUCUCCCGUCCCAAGUUUUUGAUUGUCGCCCAAGUCAUCCUGUCAGUACUGUGCAAUUCAGAAUCUGAAACAUCUGAGUCUGUUAUUUUUGGAUGGGUGAGAAACCUUACUUUUUGCAUUUUUUUUUUCUUGAUGCUGUUGGCGCUGUUUUCAUGAAUAUAUUCAGCCAUUCCUUGUCGAGAAGAUAGUUCUCUUUAAUUUGUGCAAAUCUGUGCGUGUUCAAGCCUUAGCUGUCCGGUACUUUCUCCGCAUUCGGAAAAUUUACAUAGACGGUAGAAAACUUCUUGUAAGACGUGUGCAGUACUUCGAAUCAUGUAUUGAUCCCACUCAUUAUUAGUUACAGUGUGUUCUUACUUGAACUCUGAGAAAUCUCCGAUUUCACCUUAUGUUGACUUUUUUUUCAUUCUUCAAGCAUGCAAUUGGCCAGAGAACAACUUAUUCGAAUUAUGUUCUCUUUAGAUGUAGUUCACAAAACUAUGUGUGCAUUAUAAGUCAAGUCAAUUACAGAGUACAGCGGGUAUACAGAGGUACCCAACUUCGAAGUCGAAGAUUAAAGGAACUAUAGAAAAGUUAAAGUUAAACCAGAAUCUAUUGUAUUAAUCUUUUUCUUGGCAAGGCAUGCAUGCUAGUUUAUUUGUUGUUGAACCAUGAUUUCUGUCAGACGAGUUGAGUUUGAGGGAGGUCGAAGUGAUUGUCAACGUUUAAUGGACAGGUAGCAUGGUUUUAGUGAAUGUCUUAUUUGAAGUGAUGUAGACGGAAUUAUUAGAUACAAGUUCAUUGCAUCCACUGAGUCCUUUUCAACUAGAAAGUACUGACACAGCUUUUAUCCCUUAGCUAUGAUUAUCUUAUCCUCUAAGAAAAGUAUUUCUUCGUCAUUACCCUCCAUCUUUGUCAAAUAUUUCAUGUCAAUGCAGGUAAGAGAAGCAAGGGAAGCAGCUGAAAAAGCACAGAAAUUGUUGCAAAAUGUUUCCAAUAGGAAAAGAAACAGGCAGGUGGAAGCAGGAGGAUUGGUUAUCAUUAAAGCACUAUAUGGAAGCUCUAAAGCUUUCAAAAGAGCGGCUGAAAUCAGGGUGGCGAAUGACAUUGCUUCAGAAGUCCUAGAUGUGACCAUCCCCUUGAACUUCCUGGUGAACGACUCAGGACAGCUAAAGGUCAGUUUAUGCAUCUGAUCUCAUCUGAUUUAUUUCAAUGGGUUGGGAGUUACUAUGCCUCAAAUGCUCUUCAAUUUUUUAAUAUUCGUAUGCUAAAACAUCAUAGAACUAUAUUCGUAUUAAUGGCAUACCAUUCGCUGUUUCAAACUCUGGCAUUUCGUAUCCAUCAUUAAACAUCGAUAUAUAUAUAUAUAUAUAUAAUGCGUAUAUCUAUAUAGUAUACUAUAUAUGUCAGGGGCCAUAAACAUACGAUCUUGCACAUUUCUCUCUAUUAUUUAAACUCGAUGUGUAUGACUCUUCAGGUUACAUACAUCAUUGCUCUCUUUUUUUCCCUUUUUUUCCCUUCAACCGCCCACCAAGCUAAGGCAAAGAUGAAUGUUGUAUGAAUCCAAGAUGCUAAAUGCUCUGAGAAAGACCAAGUUUUCCUUUGCCUCUCACUUUCUUCAACGGCGCGAAAAUGCAUUAAACAAAUCUUGCCGCGGAUUGAGACCUGAAAAUCUUUUGAAUGCCUUGAUUAACCACUUCCCCUUUCUCUUUUCCUUCCUGUUCGACUGCACCUAUGAUUUACUUCAGUGCUAAGAAUCUGCUUUACCCUUUGACCGCAUGCCGAUUUGCUAAAUGGCGCAGCUUCACAAGGGGAUAAAGAAAUCAGGAAUCAUGGGCUUCUGCGAUCCCUGCCCCGGAGAACCAAAGCAGCUUUUCUUGGAGUAUACAUUCAAUGGCCAGGAACACCAGGUACUAAACUCCUUUCUUCUCCAGAAUCUUACCUCACUCGAAUAACCUGGUCUGACUUUCUAAACAGGCACUGUCCGAUGACCUUGAGGAAGUCCUGAUCCCAGAGGAGGGACGCAGGCUUUGA